GGCAAGCUGUCCCUCGACUUGUCCUGCGAGUACCGAUAUCCGCCCGUACGAUGUUGCCGACAAGUCGCUUGAACAACAUCGUGUACGACAUGAAUACCUUCGGAAUCUGCGUCGUGGACGGGUUCCUGGGCCCAGCGCGAGCGGAAUCCGUGCGGAAGGAAGCAAUCGGCAUACUCAAUGAGAAUAAACAUCUGUUCAAGAACGGUCAGCUCAUUAACGACACUGCGUCGAGAGGCGGUUUAGUGGUUCGAGGAGAUAAAAUAGCCUGGCUCGAUGGAUCCGAGAGCUUUUGCAGUUAUACGAACAACUUUACGAGAUCCCUGGACUCCGUUAUAGCCCAUUGUGUUGCCAAUGACGCGACGGGGGAACUCGGCCUACACAAAAUUAGCCGAAGAACCAAAGCCAUGCUCGCUUGUUAUCCCGGCAGCGGCACGAGAUACUUCAAGCAUGUGGACAAUCCGAACUUCGACGGACGUAAGAUCUCGUGCGUGUAUUACCUGAAUAAGGAUUGGGACGUCGAGAGAGACGGCGGAGCUCUCAGGAUUUACCCGGAGGAACACCCGGAUCAGAUGGCGACAGUGCACCCAAUCCUAGACCGCCUCGUUCUCUUCUGGGCAGAUCGACGGAAUCCUCACGAAGUCAUGCCCGCAGCCCGAUGCCGGCUCUCUAUAACGUUGUGGUAUUUCGAUGAUAACGAACUCGCGAUGCAGACCUGUAUAAACUCAGCGCUCCAGCAACGCAUCCAAGAUAUGGAACCGUUCUCCCAACGAGAUGAGGGAUGAGUGUGAUCGAAGUGUGUACAAAUAGACAAUCCGUCUCGACAU